AUGGAGGGCAGCUGGAAAGAGGUGCUGGCCGUGCUGGUGGUCCUGGCUGGGCUCGCAGCUCCUGGAUCCGGUUAUCAGAUCAUAGAAGGUCCCCACAAUGCGACCGUCCUGGAGGGCUCGGAGGCUCGCUUCAACUGUACCGUGUCCCCGGGCUGGAAGCUCAUCAUGUGGGCUCUCCAGGGCACGGUGGUCCUGAGCGUCACCCCCAGGGAGCCCAUCAUCACCAAUGACCGCUUCACCUCCGAGAGUUACGAGGACGUGGACGGGAACUUCAUCUCCGAGAUGAUAAUCCACAACGCGCAGCUCAGUGACUCGGGGUGGGUCAAAUGCAGCCUCCAGAACAGUGAGCGGGAAGGACUGGCUUUCCUUGCUGUCCAAGUCAUGGGAGCGCUGUACAUUCCCAAUGACAGCAUUGUAGUCACUGAAGACGAGCCUUGUACUGUCACUUGCCGCGCACUGGGCUGGAGCCCACUCCCGAAUAUUUCCUGGGAGGUCGCCGUCCCCGUAAGCCAGUCGAGCUAUUACUCCUUCCUGGAGCCCGGCGAGCCCCGCAGUACGGUGAGCGUCCUGGCUCUCACGCCGCAGGGCAACGGGACCCUGACUUGUGUGGCUAACCUGAGGAGUGUGCAGGCCCACAAGGCCGUGGCUGUCAACCUCACGGUGGUCCAGUCUCCGUCUGACAACAUGGAAAAGUCAGGUGCAUCGUUGCCCACCUGGGCCAUCGCUCUGCUCGCAGUGUUAUGCGUGUUGGUGUUUAUCCUGAUAGUUGUUCUGAUCAUCGUAUUCUGCUGCUGUUGUUCCUCUCGGAGAAAGAAAAAAGAGUCUGUUUAUCAAAUUAAAAUAAGGAAUUCUGAAAAGGACAACACAAAGAAAGGAACUUCUGAGACAAAGUUAAAAAACGAAAAUGAAAACUAUGCAUUCAGUUCAGAUGAACUAAGGACCACACAGACGGCGCCUCUCCCUCCCAAGUCCAAGGAAGCCAGCGCCCAGAGACAGCCGAGCAGCAGUCCUCCUCCCCAGGAACCCAGAAAACAACAGCCAGGCCCAGCAAGCCGUCCACAGGUUUCUUUUAAUAUUGCCAGUCCUCAGAAGGUCAGGAGCGCGACUUUAGUAUAGUGAAGGUUUCUCUCGGGACCUGUUUUGUGCCUGCUGACAAGUGACA